GCUCUAAGAUGGCGACUCCCAUGCAUCGGCUCAUAGCUCGGAGGCAAGCUGAAGCCAAUAAGCAACAUGUAAGAUGUCAGAAAUGCUUGGAAUUUGGACAUUGGACUUAUGAAUGCAAAGGGAAAAGAAAGUACUUACAUAGGCCUUCAAGAACGGCAGAGCUGAAGAAAGCUCUAAAAGAAAAAGAAAAUAGAUUAUUGCAGCAAAGCACCGGAGAGACCAACAUAGAGAGAAAGACCAAGAAGAAGAGGUCUAAGAGUGUCACGAGUUCCAGUACCUCUAGCAGUGACAGCUCGGCCAGUGAAUCUUCAUCAGACAGUGAGACAUCUGCCUCAUCUUCUUCAGAGGACAGUGACUCAGAAGAAAGCCUCUCUAGCUCCUCCUCCUCAGCCUAUUCUUCUUCCUCUUCCUCCUCAUCCUCGGACUCGGACUCAGACUCCAGCUCCUCCAGCAGCAGCAGCAGCAGCACCGAGAGCAGCUCUGAAGAUGAGCCACCAAAGAAGAGGAAAAAGAAAUAGAACUCUCUGUACACCGGAACAAUGGAUCCAAAGCAUCUGUGACUCCCAGGGGAAUUGAAAAUUGCUCAAGCAAGCAAGUUAGCUGGUCAAACUUGUUAAAAUCCAGAGCUUUCUAAGUAUUCACCAUUGUAUAGGAUAUUUUAAAAAUAUGUUAUAUAUAUAUAUAUAUAUAUAUAUAUAUAUAUAUAUAAAGAUGUUUAUUUUAGGAAUGAAUAUUGGAUUUUUGUUGUUGGUUUUCUUUUUGUAAAAACUGGCAUCUCAUUUUGUAGGUCUGGCUGGCCUUCACUUCAGAGAGAUCUACCUCUCUCUGCUUCUUUUAAUGUUGGGACUAAAGAAAAGUUCCACCAUGCUUAGCUUUUAUUGUUAACAUUUUUUUUUAAAUAUUUGAAGUCUAUCUGUAGUACAUAAUCAAAGCUGAAAACCAGGAAGGAACUCUUUUCAGUGACAGACAAAAGUCAUUUUUUUUCCUGCCUAUGAAAUGAAUGCUCUAUGUGGGUAUAUGUUAAGCUGUGUAUGGGACAGUCUUUGACGAGACUGCAUCAGAAUAUCAAGAAGUUUCCUGUGCUCUUUGGGCUAUGUUUAUUAUGUGAGAUUUAAUGCAUUGUUAUUGUAAGUAGUUUUCCUACUGUUAAUAAAUGUACUCUAUUUUUAUGUUUGUAUCAAAAAAUUGUUUUGAUUUUUUUUUAUAUCCUGAAUAUAUAAAUUCAAAUAACCUAAUACAGCACAUUGGA